CACGCUUUUCCCCGCCGCCCUGGCAGCGGCGGUGGCGCGGCGGGCAUGGCAGAGAUGCGUUCGGGGCCAGUGGCCGGGCCACAGCUCAACGCGCUGCCCGACCACUCGCCGCUGGUUCAGCCGGGCUUGACGGAGUUGAGGCGCCGAGCGGAGGAGGCGGGCAUCCCACAGACCCCGCACUCGCUCACAGAUGCCUUCUUGCUGCGCUUCCUGCGCGCCCGGGAUUUCGAUCUGGAUCUGGCCUGGCGGUUACUGAAAAACUAUUAUAAAUGGCGAGCAGAAUGUCCAGAAUUAAGUGCAGAUCUACACCCUAGAAGUAUCAUUGGACUUUUGAAGGCUGGCUACCAUGGAGUGUUGAGGUCCAGGGAUCCCACCGGCAGCAGGGUUCUUAUUUACAGAAUUGCAUCCUGGGACCCGAAAGUUUUUACAGCCUAUGAUGUAUUUCGUGUAAGUCUGAUCACAUCAGAGCUCAUUGUACAGGAGGUGGAAACUCAGCGGAAUGGAGUCAAGGCCAUAUUUGACCUGGAAGGCUGGCAGAUUUCGCACGCUUUCCAGAUUACCCCAUCUGUAGCCAAAAAGAUUGCUGCUGUACUUACGGAUUCCUUUCCAUUGAAAGUUCGUGGCAUCCAUUUGAUAAAUGAGCCAGUCAUUUUCCAUGCUGUCUUUUCCAUGAUUAAACCAUUUCUGACUGAAAAGAUUAAGGGCCGGAUUCAUCUGCAUGGGAACAAUUACAAACCAAGCCUACUUCAGCACUUCCCAGACAUUCUUCCUCUGGAAUAUGGUGGUGACGAGUUCUCCCUGGAGGAUAUUUGUCAGGAGUGGACAAAUUUUAUAAUGAAGUCUGAAGACUAUCUCAGCAGCAUUUCUGAGGCCACCCAAUGAGAAAUUAUUUCCUGUGCAUGACUUCGUCAUUAAAAAUCUAAGGAUGGGAUCCUA